UGUCAGCUGUCGCGGUCGGUUUCGCCUCCGAAGGGACAUGGCUUCCGGGGUCACCAGGGUAAUCCACCGAUGCGACGACGCCAAGGAGAAUCAGGCUUUAGAUCUUUCAAACUGUCAGCUGAUGCAAGUUCCAGAUGCCGUUUACCACUUGAUGAGACACACCGAACUCAAAACCUGCGAUCUCAGUGACAAUGUAAUCACAAAAAUUCCACCAAAGUUUGCUGUGAAAUUUAAUCUCAUUACAGAUUUAAACCUUUCUCACAACCAAAUGUCAAAAUUGCCAGAAGAAUGUGCAGAAAUGGGCAACCUGGAAAGGCUGGACAUUUCACAUAACAGCUUUAUCUCGUUACCUAAUUGUAUAUUCAAAAUGCCAAAACUACACCAACUUAAGGCUAGUGAUAAUCGUAUAGUUGAUAUUGAAGUAGACUACUUGACAGAAGCUCCAUCGUUACAGACCGUCGACUUUCAGAGAAACCCAAUAACACCUCGAAUUCACGAACAGUUAUCCAGGAUCACGAAAAUCAUAGUCAUCCUGUCGCCAAGACAAACAGAAGACUGGGAAGAUCUCACUAUUUAAUUAGUGCUCAAUAAUAGUCAUAUGAGAACUGCCAUUUAUUUGACUUUAUUUAUGUUAGUUAAACAGAGAUGCUCUUUGCUUAAUUCAGUUCAUGUUUUCAAGUAUUUAUAUUUCUUUUUGUAUAUACUAGUUUCAACAGUUAAGUAUAAAGCCCGGAUUCUCUUAGUUUUAUUAAAUGCAUAAGUACAAUUUAUACAGGAAA